AUGGAGCUGAAAUGCAUUGAGAUGUCUAAGACACCUAAAGCCCAAUCAACCUUGGAGUCUGUAAAGCUGCCCAAAGACAAUGAUGACAACUUGGAACCAGGAUCCUGUGAUGACUCCCUGAUUGCUGAACCUCAUGCUUACCAAGCUGAUGCCAUCAAGGCAUCUCUGAACACUGAAAUCCACUCAGUGGUUACUGAGGCCACAGUGGUCUAUGCUAACCAACCCGAGGCACUGUCCAGUGAAGUGCUUCUGGGCACUGAAGGUAAUGGAGAUGAUGCUGACCAUGCUGUGGUGGAUUCUCAGACUUCAGACUGUGACUAUGACCUGGCAUCGGUAGAAUGGCUGGACCCUGGGUGGCACACUGCCCUGGUACUGAUGGAGACCUUGGUGAGUCCUGGCAAUGACCCUGACCUGACUGUGUCUGACUCCAGUGAAGUGUCUCUGAUCACUGACAACCUGCCAGUGGUGGACUCAGCUGUGGACUCCAGAGGGCAGCAGAGGGCAGAAGAUGACUUACAAGGCACUGACCAGCUGCUAAUGAGGUCCUGUGCAGACUGUGUGACCACAGAGAAGCACUGUGCUGUACCCUCUGAGGACUCUUUGAACUCUGACAAGGAAAUCUCCCUCAACAUUAAAGACCAUGAUGACCGACCUGCAGUAGACUUUAACAGAGAUUGUGUGAGCACGUCUGACCAGUCUUUGUCCCCGGUUGCCACUGCUCUUGGAUCAAUAGUCACUGUUGACUCUUUCAAUAAGGCUCUGUUGGUUUCCAAUAAGUUGGACCAGGGCAAAGAUAACCCUAUUGACCAGCCUGUAGUGAAGUCUCAGACCACUGAAAAUCAAAUUAACCCCACGUCGGUGUUAGAGUCCAACCAACCUCUCAUCAAUGAAACCCUGGAAGAUAACAUUAUCUCAGCCCCUGAUGAUAGACCUCUGUUAACUACAGACCGUAUAGGAUCACGGGAGAUUGAAAUGCUUCUAUCUAGAAUGCACUUAGGCAAUGUUAUCACCUGUCAUGAUGACCAGUCUUUGGAGUCAGACAGUGAUGACAUUGUUGACUCUUUGGCUCACAACAGUCAUAGCCAUCAUCUGUGUGAGUCAGUCGUGAGGCCCAAAGCUCAAGUCCAACUCAGUGGACACACUUGGUCACCCUCUUAUGACACUGAUGACUGCCGUCGUUAUGCUCAAGACCGCAUCAUGAUGGAAUACAAAUUCAAAUACAGCCGGGACCAAAAGUCUGCAUGGGUUUCUGUGCCACACUACAUUUUGACUAGAGGGGAGAGUGUGACCCAAAGGAUGGAGGGAGAGAAGAAGUAUGGAGAAAAGGAAUGGGAGAAGUGCUCCUCACAGUGUGACAGGCACUCUCUGAUUGGUGAGUAUGGAAUGGGAGAAGUGCUCCUCACAGUGUGACAGGCACUCUCUGAUUGGUGAGUAUGGAAUGGGAGAAGUGCUCCUCACAGUGUGACAGGCACUCUCUGAUUGGUGAGUAUGGAAUGGGAGAGGUGCUCCUCACAGUGUGACAGACACUCUGAUUGGUGAGUAUGGAAUGGGAGAGGUGCUCCUCACAGUGUGACAGACACUCUGAUUGGUGAGUAUGGAAUGGGAGAGGUGCUCCUCACAGUGUUACAGACACUCUGAUUGGUGAGUAUGGAAUGGGAGAGGUGCUCCUCACAGUGUGACAGGCACUCUCUGAUUGGUGAGUAUGGAAUGGGAGAGGUGCUCCUCACAGUGUGACAGACACUCUCUGAUUGGUGAGGAUUGGAAUUAUUAUGUAGUUUAUUAUAUUUAUAUACAUAUUUUGAUCACAGGAAAGGGGUAGCCUAUGUUUCCAUGUUACUACAAGGUAGAUUCAAUAGAUUCAAUUGAAUCCAACAUUUUAAUUAUUGUGAUUCAUGGUGUAAGGUUAGAUUACAGGUAUGUAUUGAUUGGAUUUCAUUUUUCCCUCUCACUCUUUAGAGCAUAGUGGACAGUGGAUGAUAGCCAGAGCAGUAGAGGCAGACACUGAAGAAAUAGUUCCCAAGCCGUACAUGAGAGACCUAGUUAUGUACGAUGGAUUCAACCAGCUAGAUGAGGAGAGAGUGGGAAAUCAGCUGGUCCUCUCCUCUCUCUCAAGGGCUCUCAAUGAACUUAAGAAGGACAAGGCUUUUUGGAGGUCAAUGAGAGAGGGGGACGAUAAAUUAAUGAGGGAAAACGAGAGAAUGAAAGGUGAGAUGAAAAAGAAAGACAUGACGAACUUUAACAGUGCCAAAGAACAGAGGGCAGAGAGAAAGAGGGAAAGGAGGAGGGAGAGGAACUGUGAUGUGACUAAAUGGAUGUCCUCCCGGCCCGAAAUAGAAAGUUCCAUUAUAGGACUCCGUCCCAGGCCUCCGUCCCGGCCACUGCUCAGAGAACCAGUCUUAACCAGAACCAGCUUCAGCCGCACCGACGCCAGAACCAUAGAGGUUAGGGAGAUGAUCCUGCAAAGGAGCCGCAUUGCCUACAAGAUCAAGUGCCUGCAACGCCGGAAAGCGGCUGCUGAGGGGUUGACACUGACUAUGGGAGGUGGAGGGCCUGAGGCUAGGGGUGACGGAGAGACAGUGAUGGACAUUACAGGGCAAAGUAAGAAAGCCUCAAAGGGCAAGGGGGCAAAGGGCAAAGAGAGUGGAAGAGGGGAAGGUAGUGAGUGGGCCAAAUUAGGUCUGGAGGAAAUUGCGGAGACAGAUUACAGGAAUAAAGAGAAGAAAACCAAAGUACGGACAGGACAGAGAAGUAAGGACAAGCGAAGAGAGGAAAGAGAGAGACAAAGAUGUCGUAAGGAAACAGAUUUGAUUUCAGACGAAUUAGCUAGAAUGGACAUAGAAAAAAUAGAUGGAGAGAAACAGGAUGAGACUGUGAGCAAGAUCUCUGAGGAAAAGCCUUCUAACAACGGUUGUGUAGAGACAAAUGAGGGAGAAAAAUAUGGUAAACAGAUGAAAGAAAAGACUAAUAGAACAAUUGUACUUACUGAUGAGGAAGUGAUGAGCAAAGCAUCAGGGGAAAGAGAAGAAGAGGCUAGAGAGGAGAAUGCUAAGACAUUUCAAGAGAGCUUAAAAGUCCAGGGUGAGAGCAUAACAUUCAUGUUAAUGAUAAGUAUGAUGUGUCAUAACUGAUGGCGAUGUUGAUAUACAGUGGGGAGAACAAGUAUUUGAUACACUGCCGAUUUUGCAGGUUUUCCUACUUACAAAGCAUGUAGAGGUCUGUAAUUUUUAUCAUAGGUACACUUCAACUGUGAGAGACGGAAUCUAAAACAAAAAUCCAGAAAAUCACAUUGUAUGAUUUUUUAGUAAUUAAUUUGCAUUUUAUUGCUUGACAUAAGUAUUUGAUACAUCAGAAAAGCAGAACUUAAUAUUUGGUACAGAAACCUUUGUUUGCAAUUACAGAGAUCAUACGUUUCCUGUAGGUCUUGACCAGGUUUGCACACACUGCAGCAGGGAUUUUGGCCCACUCCUCCAUACAGACCUUCUCCAGAUCCUUCUGGUUUCGGGGCUGUCGCUGGGCAAUACGGACUUUCAGCUCCCUCCAAAGAUUUUCUAUUGGGUUCAGGUCUAGAGACUGGCUAGGCCACUCCAGGACCUUGAGAUGCUUCUUACGUAGCCACUCCUUAGUUGCCCUGGCUGUGUGUUUUGGGUUGUUGUCAUGCUGGAAGACCCAGCCACGACCCAUCUUCAAUGCUCUUACUGAGGGAAGGAGGUUGUUGGCCAAGAUCUCGCGAUACAUGGCCCCAUCCAUCCUCCCCUCAAUAUGGUGCAGUCGUCCUGUCCCCUUUGCAGAAAAGCAUCCCCAAAGAAUGAUGUUUCCACCUCCAUGCUUCACGGUUGGGAUGGUGUUCUUGGGGUUGUACUCAUCCUUCUUCUUCCUCCAAACACGGCGAGUGGAGUUUAGACCAAAAAGCUCUAUUUUUGUAUCAUCAGACCACAUGACCUUCUCCCAUUCCUCCUCUGGAUCAUCCAGAUGGUCAUUGGCAAACUUCAGACGGGCCUGGACAUGCGCUGGCUUGAGCACCUUGCGUGCGCUGCAGGAUUUUAAUCCAUGACGGCGUAGUGUGUUACUAAUGGUUUUCUUUGAGACUGUGGUCCCAGCUCUCUUCAGGUCAUUGACGGAAUUAAAAAAAAAUCCGAAUCCUGCAGUGUUGUAGCACUCUCUAUUGCGUGAGUAUGGAAUGGGAGAAGUGCUUCCUCGCAUGUGAAGCACUCUCUGAUUGGUGAGUAUGGAAUUGGGAAUGCUCCUCAACAUGUCUGUCAGGCACUCUCUGAUUUGGAAUAUGGAAGGGAGAAUGUGCCUCCUCACAGGUGACAGGCCACUCUCUGAUUGGUGAGUAUGGAAUGGGAGAAGUGCCCUCGCUGUGACAGGCCCUCUAAAGAUUGGUGUAGUUAGGAAUGUGAGAAGCUGCUCCUGACAGUGUGAAGGCACUCUCUUGAUUGCGUGGUUAUGAUGGGAGAAGUGGCUCCUCGCAGUGUGACCAGGCCACUCUCUGAUUGGUGAUAUGAAGGGAGAAGUGCUCUCUGUUGGACAGUCUCUCUGAUAAUGGUGAGUAUGAACUGGGAGAAGUGCGUCCUCACCGUGUGACAGGAACUCUCUGAUAUGGUGAGUAUGGAAUGGGUCAUGAAUGUGGCUACUCACAGUGUUGUCAGGCACUCUCUGAUUGGUUGUAUCGGAAGGGAGAAGGCUCUACGUGACAGAAAUCUAUUGUUGAGUAUAAUGGCAGAUGCCUCCUCCACAUGUGACAGCACUCUGCUGAUUGGGAGAUGGAAUGGGAGGAAUGCCCUCACAGUGUGCAGCACUCUCUGAUUGGUGCAGUAUGGAACAGAGGCUCACGUGUUGACAGGUACUCUCUGAUUGGGAGUAUGGAAUGGCAAGUGCUCUCACAGUGUGACAGGCACUCUCUUGUGUGGUUGAAUGGAGAAUGCUCAUGCACAGUUGUGACAGGCACUCUUGAUGGUAGAGCUAGGAUGGGGUAGAAUGCUCCUCACUGUGACAGGCCUCUCUUGAUUGUUGAGUAUGGAGGGAGAAGUGCUCCUCACAAUGUGACAGCACUCUCUGAUUGGUGAGCCGAAUCGCGAGAGUCCUCACAUGUGUGACGGAUUAUUAUGUAGUUUUAUCUUUCUAUCUAUUUUGAUGACAGGAAGGGUAGCCUAUGUUUCCAUGUUAUACAAGGUAGAUUAAUUGAAUCCAAACAUUUUAAUUAUUGUGAUUCAUGGUGUAAGUAAUUACAGGUAUUAUUGAUGAUUCAGUUUUUCCGUUCACUCUUUAGAGCAUAGUGGACAGUGGAUGAUAAGCAAGCAGUAGAGGCAGACAGUGAAGAAAUAGUUCCCAAGCCUACAUGAAGACCUAGUAUUACGACUUAUUCAACCAGCUAGAUGAGGAAGAGAUGGGAAAGGCAGAUCACUGGUUUCUCCCCCUCUCAAGGGCUCUCAUGAACUUAGAAGGACAAGGCUUUUUGGAGGUCAAUGAUAGAGGGGGACGAUAAAUGGGGGAAACAAGAGAAGAAAGGUGAGAUGAAAAAGAAAAAUGAGGAACUUUACAGGCCAAAGAACAGAGGGCAGAGAGAAAGAGGAAAGGAGGAGGGAGAGGUAAAUGUGAUGUGACCUAAAUGGAUGUCCUCCCUUGCCGGAAUGGAAAGUUCCAUAUAGGACUCCGUCCCAGGCCUCCGUCCCGGCCACUGCUCAGAGAACCAGUCUUAACCAGAACCAGCUUCAGCCGUACCGACGCCAGAAACAUAGAGGUUAGGGAGAUGAUCCUGCAAAGGAGCCACAUUGCCUACAAGAUCAAGUGCCUGCAAUGCCGGAAAGCGGCUGCUGAGGGGUUGACACUGACUGAGGGAGGUGGAGGGCCUGAGGCUAUGGGUGAUGGAGAGACAGUGAUGGACAUUACAGGGCAAAGUAAGAAAGCCUCAAAGGGCAAGGGGUCAAAGGGCAAAGAGAGUGGAGGAGGGGAAGGUAGUGAGUGGGCCAAAUUAGGUCUGGAGGAAAUUGCGGAGACAGAUGACAGGAAUAAAGAGAAGAAAACCAAAGUACGGACAGGACAGAGAAGUAAGGACAAGCGAAGAGAGGAAAGAGAGAGACAAAGAUGUCGUAAGGAAACAGAUUUGAUCUCAGAGAUUCUACUGGUGGUAGGUGACAAAUAACUUAUGUCAUGCAAUAAAAUGCAAAAUUACUUAAAAAUCAUACAAUGUGAUUUUCUGGAUUGUUGUCCGUCUCUCACCAGUUGAGUGUACCUAUGAUAAAAAUUACAGACCUCUACAUGCUUUGUAAGUAGGAAAACCUGCAAAAUCGGCAGUGUAUCAAAUACUUGUUCUCCCCACUGUAAAUGUUUGUCCUGUUAGUGAAUUAUGAGUGAACUGAAUUAAAAAAAAAUAAUACUUUCAGAGGUCAGAGAUGGAGAGGAAGGUCCUACAGGAAGAAAGUUAGAGCAUCAGGAAGCUAGAGAGAGUGUGGAGACACAAAACAGUGAUGGAGAUGUACAAUUGAGAGAGAUUUGUAAAAGAAAGGAUGUAGAGGUUACAAAAAUCGAUACCUCCUGUGAUGAAACGUCCAUCAUGGUUCUGGCGAGCCAAGCCCCUGGUAGGCCUAUGACAGCCUCCCAAACUCCAUUGAAGGGCAAAGGAAAGCAACAACGCAACCUUCCGUACAAGAGAAAGGAAGGACUUCAAGAGGAGAUCAAUUCAAAGGGUGAAGUGCUUGAGGGUGGAAGACAAGUAAACUUCCUUGAGUGCCGGGCACAGGAACAGAGAAGUCUGGGUGAGUUGGGCGAGGUUGCAGGCUUCUGGAGGAAGGAGAAAAAAGGCCACAAAGACAGAGAGGUCAAGGAGGAGAAAGCCCGAGAGGGUCAGACAUGGCGAAACCAGGGGGGAAAUGGCAGGGAUCCAUGGAAUGGAGAGACAGAGAGGGGUGGAAGU